UUUUUAUUAAGGACGCGUUUGCAGUUUGAGCAAAAUUAAGCUGUUUUUCGGUACAUUUUGCGACUAAACCAAGCCAAAUCAAAUAUGACAAAUAACUCCUAGUUAUAGCUUGGGUCUUCAACUAUAAACGCGAGGAAGGUUUUUUUUGAAAAAAUAAAUUUUUGAUAUCAUAAAAAAGUUAUUUCGUAACCCCUUUCUACAAAAUUCAUGAUUCCGGGUCAAGUUUAGGUACAAUUUUCUACUAAGAAUAAAGUAAUUUAAUAUUGAUUUAUUUUUUGUAAAUAGGCAAACAUAGUCAAGAUUAAAUGUGAGGAAAAAAAAUACAGUAUUGUGCUAUGAAUAAGGUUAGAAAAAAUAAAAACAAAACCAAUUUUUUUCACAUAUUUUGCUACUAACGAUGAGUCUUAACAGCUUGAAAUAGGGGUUAUUUUAUUUGUAUUCCUUCCGACCCACGAUUGUGCGAAAGCCUCAUUCUGAGUCAGUCUGCGCUCGGCCGCCGUCGUGAGAGGACACUGUAUCGCUCGUUUCCAGCUGCUCGUGUUGAAAAAGAUCGCUGUAUAAAUACAAAAUAUUCGACUAACCAAAUUUGAUCCUUCUAAGAUGCCGAGAAGUCGAACGUUUGGCAAAAGCUCUCGUAAACAAGUGCUUUCCAGAAAAAAUGCAUUGGAAAAUAUAAGACGACUUCGAGAAGUGAGUCGCAAUUCUAGUGACAUAAGUGAGGUGCAUUCAGAAGAAACAGAUUGUAGUACUUCCAAUAACAAUGACUUGGAGACAUCUUACACCGCUGUGGAUGAAGAAAAAGUAACCUAUCAGAUUUCAGGAAGAAGGCUUAUUGAAAUGGCUUAUUUUAUGGAGCAAUUACAAGGAAUCAGCAAUCAUAAGUCUAUGUUUAAUUGUAAUUUGAGUACAAUUGAACUAUUGAGUGAAAAAAGGUCUGGGCUUCACUCGACCUUUUCAAUUAAAUGCAAAAUGUGUGGUGCUGAAUUCACGUUAGAAUCAUCCAAAAAAACUGAAAAUAAAAUGGACGUGAAUGAAGAAAUUGUCGCUGGUAUAAUGACGAUUGGUGCUGGGGUUACACAGCUUAAUACUGUUUUGUGUCAUGUAAAUAUGCCACCAAUGUCAGUACGAUUGUACCAAGCUAAGCAUGACAUAAUAAGUCGGUGGUGGAAAAAGGCUGCGCAGCACUACAUGAUCGAGGCGGGUAAAGAGGAGAAAGACAAUGCUUUAGCUAUUGGAAGUGUAAAUACAGAUGGGUUAGCUAUGAUACCUGUAUCGGGUGAUGCAUGUUGGUCCAAGCGCUCUUAUGGAACCAAUUACAGUGCUUCCUCCGGUGUUGGUGCAAUCGUAGGCAUGCACUCAAAAAAAGUAUUAUAUUAUGGUGUCAAAAAUAAAUUCUGCAAUAUCUGUGCACGAGCAGAAAAUAAAGGGGCAUUACCUAGGAAACAUGCUUGUUUUAAAAAUUUUCAAGGUCCUUCUACCGCUAUAGAAGCAGUUGUAAUAACAGAGGGCUUCAAAAAGUCCAUUGGUAUGCAUGGACUUAUCUACCACCAGUUUAUAGCAGAUGGUGAUUCAAGCACUUAUGCUAGCAUUAGGAACGCAAGGCCUUAUGAUAACAUAACUGUGGGUAAAAUCGAAUGUAAAAAUCAUUUACUAAGAAAUUACUGCAAAGGCCUGCUAGCAAUUUGUAGUAAUACUUCUUUCCACAUAAGGGGCCGAAAGAUUCUGAAAGAAAAUUAUUUGCGUAUACGUUGGGGCAUUGAUAGUAGCGUCAAAUAUUGGUCCAAUAAAAACGUUGCUUUCGAAGAAAAGGCAAGAGGUAUCAAAAAUGAUAUAAUAAAUGGUCCCUAUCAUAUAUUUGGUGAUCACUCCAACUGCGCAACUUAUUUUUGUAGUGAUGACGUCAAAAAACGCAACGUGAAUAAUAUGGUGCCAGAACUGACAGCUUACGGGUCUUUCAAAAGUUGAAGAUUUGGCCCAACGUCUUUCACUGCAUUCCUGUAGUUUUGUUUACAAUGAAACAAAUAAUGCAGUGGAAAGUUUUAAUGCACGAGUUGCAAAAUUUAUAGGAGGCAAAAGAGUGAACUUUACCCAGCGGGGGUCCUAUCUUGCUCGUUGUGCUGCAGCCGUGGUGUCCUAUAACACGGGUGUCCUUCAGUCGGCAGUACACAAAUAUAUUUUUGGCACAGAUGCCAAUCCCGAAAUUGUUCGGCUAGAAAAAUUACGCCAAAAUUUAAAUCAAAAAAGGCACAACAGAAAAAUUAAAAAGAAAAAGAAUCCAAAGCCAUCUGCAUCUAAAGAUGCCUAUUAUGGUGAAAGUUGCCAAAAGGUGGACAUGAACGAGGAAGAAUUUGAAGAGGCCAAAAAUAAAUUUUUAAAUGCAUUAGAACUUUCGGAGACUGAAAAGGUAAAUUUAGAAAGGGACACAGUUUUGCAGAGUGGCAGUACAUUAUGGCUAGAAACUAGAAGGAAACUGCUGACAGCGUCGUGGUUCGCAGCAGUCUGUAAACGUCGCAUAACCACUGAGUGUGGACCACUAAUAAAACAAAUAUUGUAUCAGAAAGACUUAAGCAAUAUCCCGUCAAUAAAACAUGGCAGAAGCAAUGAAGCGACUGCCAUCCGCGAACUUGCAGCGAUCUUGAAUAUGCCCAUUGAAAAGUGCGGGUUGUUCAUAGACCGAGAAUUUCCCUUUCUUGGAGCAACCCCCGACGGAAAGUGUGAGAUUGGAAUAAUAGAAAUAAAAUGUCCAUCUUCGGCAUAUGGUUUGGAGCCAGACGAUGCCAUUAAACUCAAAAAAGUUGAUUUUUGGUUGCCUAGUGAUAAUUUAUUUACGGUAAACAAAAAACAUAAAUGGUAUUACCAAAUACAAGGACAGCUACGCAUUACUAGGCAAGACACUUGCGUGUUUGCUAUUUGGACGGGCCCUGGCAAAGUCAAAUAUGAGUACAUACAAAGAGAUGAACAAUUUUGGAAGGAAAAAAUGGAGAUAAAUUUAAUUAGUUUUACCAAAAUUGUCUUCUUCCAGAAUUGAUUGACCCAAGAAUGUCACGGAAUAUGAAGCUGAGGGUACAUUCCUCGCACUUAAAAAAAAAUAUUCUAGGGCUGAAAAAUUUGUGAAUAAAUUAAAAUGAAUCCAAAACCUUCUUUUAUUUCACAUGAAACCAUCACUUGUAUUAAAUAAAAUAUAUAUUUAUUCAUUCUCAUCAUAACUUACAAAACGAGCCCAAACUCGGUAUACCUAGAUCUAUUCGUCGCGGAGUUCCAGUAGCAGACACCGAGGGUAUACCUUCAGGUUACUCCAUAAGUCCGCCGGUAAAGUCUCUUCAUAACACACAAAACGAGUCCAAACUCGGUACACCUGACUCUAUUCGUCACGGAGUUCCAGUAGCAGACACCGAGGGUAUACCUUCAGGUCACUUCAUCAAGUCCGGUGGUAAGGUCUCAUCAUAGCUAACAAAACGAGCCCAAACUCGGUACACCUAGAUCUAUUCGUCGCGGAGUU